CCGUCGUCUCUCUUCUUCCGUGCAAGAUCUCGACAAUCCCCGACGAGAAAGGGAAGAAACCUGCGGAGCACACGGAUUCAAUCCAAUUCCUCGCACCCUAAAGAAGAGAAGAUUCAACCUAUCGAAUCGAUUGAUAUUACAGGAUUCCCGCCUCAUUGAUCCCGACCCGUUUUUCCUUUCCGGCAUCCGAUGCCGUAUUCGAAUUGACGCGCGGCCGAUGCGGAUCAGUAGGAGCUUCUCCGGCGAUCUGGAAGCGUGUUUUGUCGGCAUCGGGGACGGGAGGGAAGCCGAGGAGCUGAUAGGCAGGCUGCUACGAUGCAGAUUCGGUUCUCUCCGAGCAUGAAAAGUAUUAACAUAUCGACGAGCAGUAAUGGGUUUCUUGAUUUGAUGAAGGUGAAGGUUGCAGCGCGGCAUAUUUCGUACAGGACGUUAUUUCACAGUGUCCUUAUUCUAGCUUUUCUUUUGCCCUUCGUCUUCAUCCUCACCGCCGUCGUCACUCUCGAAGGCGUCAAUAAGUGCUCCUCGUUUGAUUGUUUAGGAAGACGGCUGGGUCCAAGCUUUCUUGGUAGGGGUGCUGAUGAUUCAGUGAGGCUUCAGAGAGAUCUAUAUACACUGCUUGAUCAAGCAAAUUCCGUGGAAAUCCCACCUGGCCUUAGAUUUCCCGAAUCAUUUGACGAGUUUCUUUCUGAAAUGAAGCACAACAACUAUGAUGCAAAUACAUUUGUGGUCAUGGUGAAGGGCACGAUGGAAUAUAUGAAUAGAGAAGUAAAGAAGGCCAGACUAGCAGAACAGUUGAAUAAACAUUUUGCAGCAAUUGGUGUUCCGAAAGGUCUUCAUUGUCUCUCCCUAAGAUUAUCUGAUGAGUACUCUUCUAACGCACAUGCACGGAAGCAAUUACCGCCGCCUCAAUUUUUGCCUCUUCUCUCCGAUAAUUCAUUCUACCAUUUCGUUGUUGCAACCGACAACAUUCUUGCGGCCUCUGUUGUGGUUAACUCUGCAGUAAGGACUUCCAUGAAAGCUGAUAAGAUAGUUUUUCAUGUUAUCACUGACAAGAAGACCUAUCCAGCUAUGCAUUCAUGGUUUGCAUUACAUUCUAUUUCUCCAGCCACCAUUGAGGUAAAGGGGGUUCACCAGUUUAAUUGUCUGACAAAAGAGAAUGUGCCUGUGCUUGAAGCUAUAGAAAAUCACCAUCAUGUAAGAAAUCAUUAUCAUAAAAAUCAUGUCACAGGGACGGAUAUAGAUGAUAACCCGAGGGUUUUUGCUUCGAAGUUACAAGCAAGGAGUCCAAAAUAUAUUUCUCUACUCAACCAUCUCCGCAUAUACCUUCCCGAGAUGUUCCCAAGUCUCAAUAAGGUCGUGUUUCUCGAUGACGACAUCGUUGCUCAACAUGAUUUGACAGAACUAUGGAAUAUUGAUCUUUAUGGGAAAGUAAAUGGCGCUGUGGAAACCUGUAAAGGAGAAGAUAAAUGGGUCAUGUCGAAGCGUUUCAGAACAUAUUUCAACUUCUCAAACCCUCUGAUUGCCAAUAAUCUAGACCCUGAUGAAUGUGCGUGGGCAUAUGGUAUGAAUGUCUUCGACUUGAAAACGUGGAGAAAAACAAAAAUCAGAGAGACUUAUCAUUAUUGGGUAAAGGAGAACUUGAACUCUAAUUUGACUCUCUGGAAGCUUGGAACACUACCACCAGCUCUAAUAGCCUUUCGAGGGCACGUUCAUCCAAUGGACCCGUCGUGGCACAUGCUCGGCUUGGGUUAUCAGGAAGAAACCAACCUCGAUAACGUGAGAAAGGCUGCCGUUAUCCACUACAAUGGUCAAUGUAAACCAUGGUUAGAGAUUGGUUACAGGCUCCUAAAGCCUUUCUGGACCAAACAUGUAAAUUACUCCAAUGAGUUCAUCAAGAAUUGUCAUAUAUUGGAACCAGCAGAUUAAUCAGCUAAAAAGAGUUGCAGAACUGAAUGAAACACAGCUUCUGUUGAAGUAGAUAAUGGAAGAUUGUUAUUUUUUUGUGGUUAAGAUACAAGGAAUAUAUCAGAAAAUCAUUUUAGUUAUACGAGCCGUGCCGAGCGCAGUCUGGUGAGCACACGAGAAGCGAUCGGCGAGUCGAGUUUGAUUGUGAGAGAAGGUAAUUUUAUAAUUUUCAUGUUUGUAGAGUAUUCAUUCAUGCUGAGGGGGUGUCCAAGCAUGAUUUAUCUCAGUCAGCAGGGAACAGAGAAGAAAUCAGCUACAGGUAAGGAAAGACUUAUUUUGUUUUAGCAAGAAGGCAGAAAUUAUUGUUUUUAAAAAAAAAAAAUU